AUGUCCAAAAGUGGCCGCGACCUGUCCAGAAUCGUUACUCUUGAUAGCGUUCGUUCUCUAGCGUCUCCAGUCAACCCGUCUAAAGCUGUGUGGAAGGACUUGGGCGUUUAUUUGGACAAGAAGCUCGACUGGCAUUUGGACACAAAGACAAACUCGUCCACGGCGGUUUCGUCAAACACUUUACUAUACAACGCACUUUCGGAUUCGUCCUACUUAUCCCAGGUCUCCAAGUACCAGAUCUGUAAAAGCUGUGGCAGGCCCAUUGGCGAGGAUUCUUUAACUACGCAUUACGAGCGGUGUUUGGAAAUGAAACAGAAGAAGGCUGAUGCCGAAAAUGGCUCUUCGGCUGCGGCUGCUACCAAUAAGAGAAAGAGAGGCAGAACGGCCAUUACUGAUGCUUCCUCGGUGGAUUCGUCCAGAAUGGCUCUGCCGGCUCCUGCUACGCCUUCGGCUUCGCUGGCGCUGCAGCUGAAGGACCAGCCUAGACCAAAGAAGAAGUAUAAGAAGUCUCAGAUGCAGAAGGAGAAGGAAGCUGCCAACGCUGCGGCUGCCGCUGCUGCUGCUGCCGAGGCUGCUGCUCAAAGAGCUAAUAAUCAACAAAAGAAGAAGAAGCAGCAGAAAACCAAGGCUCCUACAAAGGCCAAGGGCCCUGUUGAUGUGGAGAAACAGUGUGGUGUGCCUUUACCUAUGGGUGGUUUCUGUGCUCGUUCGUUGACAUGUAAAACGCAUUCUAUGGGUGCUAAAAGAGCAGUUCCUGGUCGUAGUGCUCCGUAUGAUGUGUUGCUACAGCAGUACCAGAAACGUAACCAGGCUAGAAUGGCUCAAAACAACGCUUUGGCUGCCCAGAGACGUGAAAACGCUCAGCUCUCAGGCAUGGCCGGUGUUGAAGGCGCUGAAGGCGGCUCUGGAAGCCUCCCUGUGGUGCUAGAUCCCGAUGAAGAAACACAUUUGGUGUUGGAGGGUGUUUCCAAGAGUGCUCCUGUGCCUUUGGAGCGUAAGGUGAUGAUUCCAGCCAGAAACAGACACCGUUUCCUUAACAUGCGUGAAGCCUAUGCUAAUGCUUUAAUUACCAAUGGUGCUUCGGCUGCCGAUACACUGGCUUCUUCUGGAGAUCUCACGCUAGCUAACCAGGCCAUUUCGGGCUCAAUUGGUGGUCUUCAAGGAAGGUGUGCACUUGUCAAUGUUGAUGCUAGUCCCAACUCUGAAGGUGCUACUUCUACGCAAAGCAGUGCUGCUAUCCCAGGUGAGCUUUACCAUGUCAGAACAGCGCUGAAAGCCAUUGCCACGACUGCUCAAUACAACUACCAGCAGCAAAAGCAGUUCCAGCAGCGUGUGUUUGAACUUCAACAGCAACAACUCAAGCAGAGACAAAUGCAACAACAGCAGGCACAGCAAAGACAGCAAUCGCAAUCGCAGCCUGGAGCCAAACAGCCCCAACAGCAGCAACGCCCUGUGCCAGCUCAGUCCCUGUAA